AUGUGGCUGCAGCUUGUGUCGGGCGCUUUUACAGGUGCCGUGAUUGUGUACGGGCUCGUGAAAUUCUUGCUCACGCUACGGCUACCAAAUUCUCAUCGCAAGACGGUAGCAAUUUCUGGUUGCGACUCGGGCUUCGGCCAGCUACUCGCGCUACGUCUGAAUUCUCUAGGCGUACCGGUUGUUGCUGGGUGUUAUUCGGAAAAGGGCGAAGAAGAGCUCAAAAACAAAGCUUCAAAAGCCAAAAUCCUCUACACCCAUCCGCUAGAUGUUACGGACAAUGAGAGCGUGACGAAAUUCUCGGAUUUCGUUCGAAAAGUGACCGGGGGACGAGGACUUUGGGGAAUCGUGUGCAACGCAGGAAUCCUGGGAAAUUCGGGUCCGGACGAUUGGCUGAAUGCUGAGGAUUACAUGAAGACAAUGUCGGUCAACACGUUCGGCGUGAUGCGCUUCGUACAACACCUUAGGAAAUUUGUCAAGAUUCAACAAGGCCGCAUCGUCAUUAUUUCCUCCAUUUCUGGCCGUACUCCUAGACCUACAGUUGGGCCGUAUUGCGUUUCCAAACAUGCCGUCGAAGCUUACGCUGAUGUUAUCAGACACGAGAUGUGCGACUUUGGCGUGUCAGUGCAUAUUUUGGAGCCCGGCUUCUUCACCACGAACAUCACUCAGACGGCCACCAACGAUUUGGAUAGGGUGUGGACCCGCCUUGACGACGAGCAGCGCCACGAAUUUGGCCGCGAUUUCUUUGACAAAUACAAGCACUCACGCUUUUCACGUCUUUCUCACUGCUCGGAUGACCUGGACUCCGUUGUGGACGCCUAUGAACACGCGCUGCUUGCGAGGUUCCCAAAAACGCGCUACUGGGUCGGAUGGGACACCAUCUUCUUUUACAUCCCACUCGCCACUCUGCCCACUUUUCUACAAGACUGGGUCAUCCAUUUCCAGCGCCGUGGCCGCCCGAUGCCGCUGGCCACCAAGACCCCC